CGGCUAUGUUCAUCAGCAUUUUGGUUAAAGGCUCAUACCUGUAAAACGUCGAUCGCUAACUACCUCAGUCAGUUGCUGUCAUACCACCGAAGGUUGAGCGCGAGCGUACCGGUAAACGACGAAAGUGUUUAAACGGUUUUUAGAUAUAUUUUUUCACAUUUUAUUAUUUUAUCUUGCUCUUGUUGUUGUGGUAUGUACAUAUGUAUGUACGUUUAUAGCCACUUCUGAUUGAUCGUAUGAAAAUUACUUGUGGAAACACAUGGAACACACUCAUGUAAAAAGUCGCGAAGAACAGGUUAAAAGGAAAGUGCAAUAAAAUUCGAGUUGUAUGACAGUGAAUAUACAGACAUAUUUAGAAAUAUACAUUUCCAAGUGUAUAAAAGUUGAAAGCAAAUAAUAUUUAAAAAUUGUUAAAGAAAAUAACAAUACAUAAAAUAUCCGAAGAAAUGUCCAUAUAUAUAUGAGUAUAUAAGUACAUACAUAUUUAUGUACAUGUGCAUGAAUGAUGAAGAUGUAACAGGUAGUCUCAGAAGCAGCCGUAAGCAAGAGAGCGCAGCAACAAGUGGAAUUCAUAAAAACAGCAACAACAUUACAGAGAAAUUAAAUUGGAACCGUGAAUACCGUACCUAACAAAGAUCCUGAUGUUAGAAACUAGCAAGCAAAUAUCAAUGGCAAUAUGCACAUACAUAUUUAUUUAUAUUUAAAGGCAAAAUAGCGGCGUCAUUAACACCUCAGAACUGUUUGAAUUCCUAACCCUAAAUACUCAAAGUCAUUGUACAAAUGCAAAGACAUAGAAGAAAAAUACAAAUAAAAAAAUAUAUCCUGUGAUUAUUUAAAUAAGCCUGAGAAGCCCGUAAGUUCAUUAAAAAGGCUUAAGUGCAAAUAUGCAGGUCCCAGAACAUUUGGUAUCGUUGUAUAUCGCAACGUGUGGACAAAACGGGUCCGGUUUGGGAGCAGAUGAAAAAGAAAUAAUUCUGCUGGUAUACGUCAUUUUAGAAGCUAAUAGUGGAAAGAUCAUUGGAACAAAGCAGCUGCUUGUACGUCCUGAUGGCAGCUUUACAAAAGAUCGUACGGUCUCUGGUUCGUCAGAUGCGUCUGUUGCAGCUGGGGCAUCAUCUCCGCCGCUCUCAUUACAGCACGCUGAUGCUAUUAACAAUAACAAUUCUAGCGUUAGUAAUUCAAAUGCAAUUGGGAAAGCUGCGUUCAACAAUUCAAAUGCAACUACUGCUCUCCUGAGCAACACCAACCACAGCGCGAUUACAAAUGGAUCGACAACGACCAGCACCACCUUAGCGGCAAGCACAAUUAUUGCUACAUCGAAUGUGUCUGUAACAACAAUUCCAGAGACAAUUGAGUUACCUUUAGGCAUUGCGCAGUCUGCGGGGAAGCCUCUUCAAGAGGCCAUUGACGAGUUUGAUGAAUAUUUACGUUCUCUUUCGCUGUACGCAAACGACGUCGACUGCAUUAAAUUUAUAACAGAUGGUCAGCUUCCACUGCGCCAAUGUCUGCAUCGCGAGGCAUGCGCCAAGGACAUACGGCUGCCCAACUACUACAAUCGCUUCUGUGAUCUGCGCAAGGAAUUUCUCAAAUUCAAGUCUGGCGAUUUGUCACGCGCUUUGGUCCCCGUGAAAGACAUCAAAAAGAUACUCCAAAUACCGGCUGUUCCAGCGCCUCAAAGUAUAGGAGAAAUGAUGAAAGAAUUAAAUAUACCGAGCAGUGAAGAACAGGAAUUUUACGUUAAAGAAUCUCGUGACAUGGUCUCAGUGAUACAAGUUAUGCUCAAAGGAGGACAUACAUUUUUAGCAAAUGAAGUUAUUAAUUUAGUUCUGGAACCUGGAAUUUGCUCAAUCGACGACGAAAUCGACGGUAAUUGCAUUGUACGAGCUCGCGGCUUACCUUGGCAGAGUAGCGAUCAGGAUAUCGCUAAAUUUUUUCGUGGUCUAAACGUUGCAAAGGGUGGAGUUGCUCUGUGUCUAUCCCCACUCGGCAGGCGUAACGGUGAAGCUCUAAUACGCUUUGUUUCACAAGAGCAUCGCGACAUGGCUCUUAAACGUCACAAACAUCACAUUGGCAGUCGUUAUAUUGAGGUUUAUCGUGCCACAGGCGAAGAUUUUCUAGCCAUUGCGGGCGGUGCUUCGAAUGAGGCGCAGGCUUUCCUCUCCAAGGGUGCGCAAGUCAUAAUACGCAUGCGUGGAUUACCCUAUGAUUGUACAGCCAAACAAGUUUUGGACUUUUUCACUACCGGCGACGAGCCUUGCAACGUUCUUGAUGGUGUUGAAGGAGUACUAUUUGUUAAAAAGCCAGACGGACGUGCUACAGGCGAUGCCUUUGUGCUAUUCUCUAACGAGGCUGAUGCGCCUAAAGCACUUUCGCGCCAUCGUGAAUCAAUUGGACAACGAUAUAUAGAACUAUUCCGAUCCACUACAGCCGAAGUGCAGCAAGUUUUAAAUCGUUCAAUGGAUCCGAGAACAUACGAAGCAAACCAUCAGCCACCGCUGAUAGCACAAUUACCGGCAAUGCCGUUGUCUCUGUUACCGCAGCAUUUGAUUACUUCAGGUACCACAAAGAACUGCAUACGUCUGCGCGGCCUUCCUUACGAGGCGCUGGUCGAGCAUAUUCUUCAUUUUCUGGACGAUUUCGCAAAGCAUAUUAUAUACCAAGGAGUCCACAUGGUUAUUAAUGCUCAAGGCCAGCCCAGUGGUGAAGCAUUCAUACAAAUGGACUCAGAAGAGUCUGCGCGCUUGUGCGCGCUACGCAAGCAUAACCAGUUUAUGAUGUUUGGAAAGAAAUACCGUUACAUCGAAGUAUUUCAAUGUUCUGGUGACGACAUGAAUAUGGUCCUGAAUGGAGGGCUGCAAUCGCCAGUUUCCGUAACUACUCAUCCUCAUCAUACAGCCGCAGCCAAAUCCACAUCGCUGCUCUCAACGGGUAUGUUACCUCAACCGUCGCCGUCCAACGCACAAUCAAUUAGUUCCCAUACGCAUGCUCACGCCCAUAAUCACGGUCACACUCAUGCUCACGUACACACUCAUGGUCACAGUCCCCAUAUAACUCAUGCGCAAGCGCAUGCGCAUGCAUUACAAUCAUCUUCAUCGAUGGCAGCAGCAGUAGCUGCGUUGUCACAGCAACAGCACGUUGCAUUGCCAGCAACUAAUCCACAAACAGUGGCUGCUAUUGCCGGUAGUUUAUCACCCUUCAUUAGUACUCCUGGGGGAGCACCGCCCACCUCUGCUCAACACCCAACUAUCGUAGCACAAACGAACGCUGCUGCUGCCGCUGCGGCAGUCGCUGCUGCGGCUGCACAAAAUGUAGUUCCCGUCAGUGCGGCAUUGGGCACCCCGCAAACUUCAAAUUUUCAAAUCCCAACUAACCCCUCUACAGCUGUAAGCGCUCAAACGACGGCUAUGAAUGCAUAUCCAUUUAAUUUCUCGCUUCCACCUCCCCAACUAGCCAUGACCACAAAUCCGGCACUCAUAGCUCAGCAACAGGCUCAAUUUAUUGCUCAACAAAAUUUAUUGGCACGCCAGCAAGCAGCUGCUGUGGCUGCUGAGCAGCAACAUCAGCAACAGCAGCAACAGCUUUAUGCAAAGGCCUUAAUGAAUCCAUUGCUCUUCCAACAUCCUAAUGCGACCGUCGCAGCUAAUGUAGCAGCAACUAAUGUCACUGCUGCCGCCGCGGCAAACACCCAGCCGCAGUUUGUACUUAUGCCACAACCCUUCUCCUUUCAACCGUUUCCGAUCAGUUAUUUUCCCCAAGGCUAUCCAUACGCAUCGGCUGCGACCGGUAUAAGUGGCGCAGCCACGACCGGCAGUGCUGCGACUGCUGGAGUCUUGCCAAAUACUACAAUGACGGCAGCCACAGCCAUGCCACAUUCUAUGAAACGAUCGUAUGAAAAUGCCUUUCAACACGAGGCCAACAUUGCGACUGCCGCUAAGCGUGCACUGACUCGCCCACCAAAUUCAGGUGGAGUAUACCAGUACUACAAUCCAGGAGCUUAAAAGGAAUAUUUUAGGAUUAGUGAUCCUAAAUUUGAAUGUUUGCUCUGGGCUUAAGUUUAAAAGCUUAAUGUUAUUCUUCUCCAUUUUUUAUUUAAAUAUACCAGUUCUUUUGCUGCUUGGCAGACCGUUAUACUUCCAUAAAUAUAAACGUUUAUAUAUUUUCGACAAAUUUUGUCGCUAAAAUUUGAGCCCCUACCUCUCUAACCCCCUACCUGCGCCUAUUGCGUAGUUAACUGUAAUGACCGUGGAAUUUCUUAAAAUACUGGGCAUUAAACGGUAUGAUUGCAAUAUGACACAUUCCAUUAAAAAAACUAUAUACAUUGUUUUAUAUAAAAAAUAUAUCUAUGUAGUAUACUAUAUUUUAUAUACAUACGAUUUCAUAGUCACAUACAUAUAUGACACGAUUUAUCCACUACAAGACAUAAAUAUUGUACUAUACUACUUAACUAAUAAGAGCUUCUUGUUCAUAGAAUUAAGAUAGUUAUUGUGUUACACGACUAUUACUGAUUUUAAAUUGAAAUAGUAGAUACAAAAUUUGAAAAUGAUGAAUACAAAUUACACUUGAUGUGUACAUACUCCUAUGUACUCUGGGGAAUCUAUGUAAUAGUGUGUAUAUUAAGAAAUGAACGGAGUAAAAGUCGCUCUCAAGUCUUUCUCGGCAUCUCAAUAUCUAUAAAUUAAUACUAUUAUGAUUAACGUAUAAAUUUCCUCAUUCCAUUUAAGAGUUUAACACAGCAUUUAAAAGACAAACAAGGCGAAACGACUUGGGAAGCUGAAAGAGGCUAGCAAUAUUUGUUAACGAAGUGCUGAACUAUUGUCCCCUCUAAGGCCGCGCUUUCUAUACUUUCUAUAGAUACAUACAUACUCGUACAUGUACGCAAGUACGCUUAAUAAUAUUAUAUUAGUAGUAAUAGAAAUAAUGGAAAUUUCGUGCAAUUUUUCGACUUUGUGUUUAACUUUUUACUGGAAUCCUUUUUCGCCGAAAGAGGGGGAAUCUGUUUGGAACACUUCGUAAGAGAAUAUUGCAAGGUGUUGGAUUUCAAUUUGCCUUGAACACAAAAUGUUUUACUAUCAAAAUAAUUCACAAAUGAACUGGGCUUUUUAUACCUUACGCUAUUUAUAUGUUUUUACUUUCAUAAAUCAGAAUUAAAACUCGAUUAAGCGGCUUUUAUAUUUGAUAUAGACUUAAGAUGAUUAAUAUUUGGACAUUUUUUUUAUCGAAAAAAUAUACUUAAAAGUGAGCUUAGCACUUGUACAUGAAUGUGUAUGAUAAUGCAAGUGAUUUCUGAAAUCAUUUUGUACGAAAAACAUUUAAUACUAAAUAUUAUAUGUUCUACUAAUUUUACGUGGCAAUACAUAUACAUAAACAUAUAUAACGCUUCUUGGACACUGAAACACUGAAGUGCUUUCACACAAAUAUUAACGAGCAUCAAUCACGUGGUUUUGUCUCCGAGAAGUUAUAUAUUUAAAAUAAAAGAUAUAUUUAAGGCUAAAACUCUAUAUUUAUUAAACUAUUUAAAACAUAUUUCAUUAUUAUAGUAAGUUGCAAUUGAAACCCUUUCCUUUUCUGUUGUCAUAAAGUCUAUUCUUCCAAACUUAAUUUUAUUUCCUGAGCAAUAUUUGUUGUACCUUUUUUAUCUAUAUAUGUAUAGAUUCUAAAAUUCGUCGUUUUUUCAUAUGUUAAGUAUGCUUAAACUGCUAAGUUGUGGGCUUAAAAUAGUUUACAAGAACUUUUUAUCGAAAACUAAUUAUUAGUUCAUCAGUGUAUGUGCGUAUCUGGUGUUAGUUGCAAGCCGAUUUAUGUUCUCUAUCAUUACUAAUUUUUUCCAUUUGUUUAGGUGAAGUCAAACUUUAACCAAACUGUGCCGUACACACCCCGUAAAAAGAAUAAUAAACAAAAAAAAAAAAAAAUAAAAAGAAAAAAAAGAUAUUAAAAGAGUGUUGAAUAUUUAAAUUAAAUUCUACAACCUUUAAAGUUCAGCCAAAAGGACGUAAAAUUAAAAAAAAAUAUUAAAUUCCAUAUUAACCGAAUCCAACCCAACCCAGUGGUUGCGUCUGGAUGGUAAUAAAAAAAAAAAUAAUAGUAAUUGCAAUAUAUUAAUUGCUAGAUUAUCGCUGGUCUGACCUUUUGCUCACUUAUAACAUAUCUCCUCCGGAUAAUUUCUGUUUUUCGGCCAUGAAUUGUAAACUCCUAAUAAAAAUCCAUCAACCAUACGCAGACGUUUUAAAAUUGCACGCCUUGAAUGAAUUCUAA